AUGUUGAUGCAGGCUAUAAAUGGCAUUAAUUCGACAGCACGAAAGAUUUUAUAUCCCGAAGAAGGUCGUCCACUGUGGAGGGGUCUCAAACUAUAUUUAGACGGGCGAACAAUGGUUUAUAUGGGAAAUCCAAAUGAUAAAGAGCUAGUUCUUUAUCAUGUAAGUAAAGAUGUUAUUAAUUGGGUGGUUGUUAUUCGAGCUGCUGAUGCAGAUAAGAAAAUUUCAUCAAUCACAUCUGACUGGAACCAUAUCGAUCACAUGGAAGAUAUUAUUCCGUUCAUAUCACAGAUGAAACUAGACUUUCUUGACCUUGAUCAUCUUGUUCAAUCAUCAGCGAAUAUCCCAUAG